GCCUCAUAGCCUCUCUUCUUAAUGCCAUGAUUCUCUGACCCCAACAUGGAGCAUGGAGAACAGCACCACUAUAACUGAGAUCAUUCUUCUGGGGCUCACAGAUGCCUGUGAAUUCCAGAUGCCAAUCUUCGUGGGGCUCCUCCUGACCUACCUUACCACACUGCUAGGGAACCUCCUCAUCAUUGUUGUCACGCUGAUGGAUCAUCGCCUUCACACCCCUAUGUACUACUUUCUCAGAAACUUUGCUGUUCUGGAGAUCUGGUUCACUUCUGUCAUCUUUCCCAAGAUGCUGAACAACAUCCUAACAGGGAACAAGACCAUCUCCUUACUGGGAUGCUUUCUGCAGGGUUUCCUUUACUUUUUUCUAGGAACCACAGAAUUCCUUCUUCUAGCUGUGAUGUCCUUUGAUAGGUAUGUGGCAAUCUGUAACCCCUUGCGUUAUGCUACCAUCAUGAGCAAAAGGGUCUGUGUGCAGCUGGUGCUCUCCUCAUGGGUGGGAGGUUUCCUUCUUAUCAUUAUCCCAAGUGGUAUCACAUUCCAGCAGCCUUUCUGUGGCCCCAAUGUCAUCAAUCACUUUUUCUGUGAUAAUUUCCCAUUGCUAGAACUGGUCUGUGCAGACACAAGCCUGGUGGAACUGAUGGGCUUUGUUGUGGCCAAUAUCAGUCUGCUAGGUACCUUAUCUGUCACUGCCCCCUGUUAUGGCCACAUCAUCUAUACAAUCUUGCGUAUCCCUUCAGCCAAGGAGAGGCAGAAAGCCUUUUCCACUUGUUCCUCCCACAUCAUUGUGGUAUCCCUUUUUUAUGGCAGUUGCAUCUUUAUGUAUGUCAGGACAGGUAAGGGUAGUGAGGGAGAGAACCUGAACAAGGUGGUGGCCCUCCUCAUCACUGUAGUGACCCCAAUGCUCAACCCUUUCAUCUAUACCCUGAGGAACAAACAGGUUAAACUGGUGAUUAGGGAAAAGGUGAGCAAGUGGAUUUCCCAGGUCUGAGAUGGAGUUGCACAGCUAGGAAAAUUUGCCAGAGGUGCCACAACCUCUUUUGUUUCCCUAACACCACUGUCCUAGUUAUCUCCUCCUCUCCUAACCCAGAUAUUUUUUUGUUCUCUUGACUUGGACCAGCUGCCAGAUUGAGCUAUUCUGAACACAAUGCCCUCAACCCUUUUUACACAUAUUAAACCCCAAAAGUCUCUUACCCUUCUCACCCUGAUGAUUUUUUAGAUCCAUGGAAGUCAGGAGGCAUAGAACACAGCAAAGUCAAUACCACAAUUGUGCUUUCUUCAUGUUGUUGUCCAUUUCCUAUGCUCCUGCAUCCUAAGUGUGGUUUCCUUCAUUAUAAUUCUUUAAAACAAACCCAGUUAUUACUGUUGCAUUUGAAACUUUUGAGUGUAUCAUCAUGUUGUAUGUCUUUAAAACCUCAUCUAAAGUAACUCAAAUUGUUUUUACCUUCUGUGAGUUUAUGAUUUAAAAUGUACAAAAUUGAUAUGGUCCAUUGGGUAAAAUAAACAUAUAUUGAACAAAUUAUCUUUUUAAAUAAUGUACCUGCAUAAAUUAAAAUCAAGAGGGAGGGAAGUAUAUUUCAUGGAGUAGAAGGUUAGUUAAGUUGGAAUCACUCUCAGUUACAGUUAAGAAUAGUCUCAUUUGGAGUGGUUCAAUGAUUUUUAAGAGUGAUAUAAAUAAAUGCUAUUAGUAAUGAUUCUCCCAAAAAUUCCUUCUUUUGCCUCAUUGCAAACGUAUCUCCUCCAUACCUGGAACACAGCAAUUCCUUUUCUCCUUAAAUUCACUGUUUAAAAUUUGUAACAUGUCUCAGCUCUCAACUCAGGUGUCACCUGUAUCACACAAAUCUAUUCCCUCCUCCAGAUGUUAGUUCUU